CAUUCAAAUACUUUUUAUCAUCCCUCUUCUUCCCGCGGAACUCGAUUAUUCUCUUCUUUCUAGCUCACAAGCACCGUUCCUCUGAGGGUUUACGAUGGAGUACUCAAAGGGAAUCUCUAAGAAAAGGAAGCGGCCAUCUCUUCAUCCCUUAAUGGGAACUAUAACUCGUAGCAAAUCCCAGAUCCAUAUUCAUCGCAACCGGUCGGGAAAAUCCCGAACCCAGUCCGUCGGCGGAGGAAACCACCAAGGUUUACAACCCUUUCUCAAAAAACCCAAAAAAAGAUCACUGGCUGAAGAUUCAUCGGUGGGGUACGAUUUAUCCAUCAAAGAUCUCCGGUUAAGACGGGUCUUCUCCCCUUCUUCUACUGAUGGGGUAAUUCCUAAUUGUUUGGAUGAUGCCGAGAAUCUGGGGAAAAGUGAGGUUGCUGGGGAUUGUUUGGAUGAAAAGAACAAAGGUUGUGAAAAUGGGGAUUUGGAGGAAUUUGGGCAAUCUACCCCACCAGAUGCUGAGAUCCUUGGAGUUAAGGAAGAGGUUGAAAGAAACGGAAGUGAAGACAUGAAGAUACAUGAUGAAUGCAGAGAAAAGGGGCUUAAUGAAGAGAGAAACGGCAUCAAUUGUUCAAUAAAAACAGUUCUUAGACCAUGUUCUCAAGAGAUGCUUUUCAAAACGCCAGGCUCGUUCAGUUAUAGAAGAUUGCUUCCUUAUUUGAUGGAUAUCAAAAAAGAAUCUUCUGGGUCCCCAAUAAGGGGUCAUUGUCAAAAAACUGAAAAGGGUUUUGAAGAGAAGAACAUGUUGGGUUCAAAUGUUGAAGAAGCAUUGGGAGAUAAAUCUGCGGCGAGUGAUUGCUUUUUGGAGGGUCAUAAUAGUGAUUCUGGUAAGGAGUUGAAUAUGGUAUUGGAUGAAUCUAUGAUGACACUUGUUAAUGGAGAGAUUAAGAAAUUUGAGUUGCAAUAUGAAGACCCGAAUUCGAAUUGCUCUUCGGGUGGUGUUUCUAGUGAUGAAAUGUUGGCAGAUGAUGCAAAAAUUAAUGUUGAAACUCCUUGUGAUGCUCAAAGUCUAGAAGUUUUGGACCAGACUUUGUCUAUGGUUGAAAAUAAGUGUGAAUCUGGUGAUUAUAAUGAAGUUCCACCAAGUUCUAAUGGUGAUUUACAGCAGUCUGAGAUUGAAGUAAAUGAUGGUGAAGCUGUGGAACAAAUUGAAGACUUGAAUGGACAAUGUAUUCCAAUGACUCGACUGGAUUCUGACAUGUUUAAAUCCGAGACUGAUGUUGAAAAGUCGAUGAACGAAACCCCUAGUGAUAAAAGCUUAGACACAAGUCCUAAGAACAAGUUGGUUCCAUAUUCACGGUUGCAUCCGAAGUUAUCUAAAAUACCUGGCUCAUUCAGUUAUAAAAGAUUGCUUCCAUUUUUGAUAGACAUAGCAAAUGAUUACUCCUGUGUUCCUGGCAAAGAUGCAGGCACCGGAGCUUCCAAUUGCAAAAGUUCUCAUGUAGAGCAUAGUGAUCGUAUUAGGCUCACUGUGACUGCAGCUACUGCUAUCGGUUUGCAACAGGAACAGGCAACACUUGGUAAAAAUGCUGCAUUGGAUGCAAACCAGAGGCUAGAAGAAACGAACCCGGAACUUGUGGUUGAGCCACCAGCCGUGUCAUCUAUCAUCGGUGCUAAACCAGUGUCUUAUCGGUUACCCUUAGAAACCGAAGGGGAUGCCAUAAAGUCUAUUGUGAAAUGUGCAAACCAUGUAAAUCAAAUUGAAGCUGAUAGCUUUGGAGAAGCCUCUAUUACUCCAGCAAUUCCUAUUGUUGGUCUCAAAAAAGGAAUUCUUAAAAGAAAUCCUCCUGGUUGUAGAGGUAUUUGUACUUGUCUGAACUGCUCUUCUUUUCGGCUUCACGCAGAGAGAUCAUUCGAAUUCUCGAGAAAUCAGAUGCUAGAUGCUGAAGAAGUGGCCUUAGAUUUGAUUAAAGAGUUAUCGUUCCUACGGAAUAUUUUGGAAAAUUCUGCUUUUGGUGCUGCUAAAGAUCAGUCUACCAUGUUCAUCAGUGAGGUUGAAGAAGCUUGUAAAAAGGCCUCCAAAGCUGAAGAAGUUGUGAAAACCCGUCUCGGCGAAAUGAACUAUGAUCUAAACAUCCAUUGCAGAAUACCAUGUAGGCAGCGACCAAGAGUGAGAUUCGCCAGUUAUGUAGAAGAACAAGUCAUUCCAAUAGCCGAUUCAUCAAAUAAAUAGCUUCAAAGUCGGGAAACUAUUGCAAUGGCAGCUAGUAUGAUUUCUUUGUGAUUGUUGCUUUUCAUAGUUAGCUAUGAAGCAACGUUGCUCCUGCUGUGAGUGUUAGAUAUAGGUAUUUUCAUGCAUUCGAGUACACACAUGGCUUUGAAGUCAUCCUGUGAUUGAACCAAGCAUCCAAUUUGAAUGAGAGGAAAAAUGAAGCAAAGAAAAGAAAACUUGUGCAUAUCAGUUAUGAUUGAAUGAUUGUUAUGGAAUUGGUUUUCACUUGUAUUUCUAAAGUUCUGUAUAUACUUAUUAUUAUGUAAAAGAAUGUGGGUCUUCUUUGCUUGCAUAUCAA